CGCUCCCACAGAUGUCAAAGCUACAAGUGUGUCCAUGUCAGAGAUUCUUAUUGCAUGGAAACAUCUGAAAGAGAGUCUAGGAAGACCACAGGGAUUUGAGGUUAGUUAUCGGAAAGACGAGGAACAAGAAGAUGCAGCAGAAACAGUCAAAACGAAGGGGAACGAGUCAUCUGUCACCCUGACAGGACUGGAAGGAAACACAUUAUAUCACUUCACAGUGAGGGCCUAUAAUGGAGCUGGAUAUGGGCCACCGAGCGGUGAAGUGAGCGCAACCACCAAGAAAUCCCCCCCUAGUCAAGCACCUGCCAACCUCAGGUGGGAGCAGCAAGGCUCUGAGCUUUCUCUGGGCUGGGAACCUGUCAGACCAUUAGCCAACGAAUCUGAAGUCAUGGGCUACAAGGUUUUUUAUAGGCAAGAGGGCCACAGCAACAGUCAAGUUAUUGAAACACAGAAACCUCAAGCAGUGGUACCUCUCCCCGAUGCUGGAGUCUAUAUCAUUGAAGUUCGAGCAUCUAGUGAAGGAGGGGAUGGAACGGCUAGUUCCCAAAUCAGGGUACCAUCAUAUUCAGGUGGAAAAAUCACUAGUGCUCAGUCAACCCUCCAUACUCUCUCCACAUCUUCAUCAUCAGUAACGUUGCUCUUGGCAUUGAUGAUUCCUUCAACCUCUUGGUGAAAACCGCAGACUUAAUUUGCUUUACUCUGAUAAUAGUGACGAAGAGUGUACUAUAAGUGGAGACCCAGGACACUGGAAUGAGCUUUAAAAACUUGGGAUUAUACAUGAUGCACUUAUAGGAGAUUGGGGGAAAUAUUACUUAUCCAUCAGGUUUUUCUUUGUUUUUUGUCAAUGGAAAGGACAGUUCUUGGUCCAAUAAAAAUAUGCAGGUUGUAUGUAAUGAUUUUUUAAAAAAAUGGUAAUUUCUGUCUAAUGUAUUCUUUGCUUUUUUAAUAUGUGGGAAUUUGAUUUUAUAUCUGAUAACCCUAAGUGUGUGCCAUCCAUUUGUUAAGUAAGUGGUUUCUAGCAGAUCUGUUUCAAACACAAAUACAAAACUGAGAAUGAAAACUUUGGUUAAGACUCUGAAUCUACUGUUUUUCCUUUUCCCUUUGGCUUAUAUUUCAAUUGACAACAUGACAGGAGAUAUGAAAAAUACUUCAGUUGUGUGGGCCAUUAUAGGAUAAGUAUACAAAAAUUUUCUGGAAAAAUAUUGUAUGACUGCAUAGUGAAAUAGCAAAAUUUGUCAAUAUGCUAUUCUAUAUGCAUCCCUAGAGCAAGUUAUUAGGGUAGGGAGUAAGCCAUUUAUAUUAGUGCAAGAUAAAUAGACAGUGAGUCCAAAUGAAUUUAAAUGAUGUUGUUUCUCAUCAAGUUCUAUGUUAUCUAGCUGCAAAUAUAUUAAAUGUUUAUUUUUAAUAACAAAAGAGUUUAAAGUCACAAAAAAUAUGGUUACUAAGAACUGCAGACACUGACUUAUUGUGAAGGGUGCUAGCUUGUAAAUGAAAUUACAACAGACACAGCUUCCUGUUUCCACACCUACUGCCAAAACAGAGGUGGAAUGAGGUCCAAGGUUUUCUUCUAAUUGAAAAUAAUUUUAAAGACAAUGAAAAAUUGUCAUGCAAAUAAUUAUGCAUACAUAUAGUCUGUAAGUUAAAAUGGUUCAAGCAUAACAAAUAAAUUUUGAUCUUUAAACAGUUCUGUGCAUCACACACCACUUAUAAAUUAUUACCAACUGUUAAGUAAAAAGGAUCUCUACGAUAAACUGAUUUUUAAAAUUAAACUGUGGAAACAUGGCCACAGUGAGCCCCAUUUGCUAUUUGGAGGCAUCAACCAAGACCUAUUUGAUCCUAGGUAGUUGUUAGAAAGUGAGGUGAACGUUUUCUGCUUGGUGAUAUUUUUACAAAAGUUCUAACCAACAUGAGAACUUGCCACAGUUUGCAUCACACCCAAAAAGAUGCCUGAAGAGAAAUUUUUUACAAAGUCAUACACCAGUAAACAGCCUGCAUGUUAACAGGUGAUGUUAAUCUAUACUAAUAAAAGGGUAAUAUGGUAAUUAGACCAGAUCAACCAGACAUCUUCUGGACAUCCAACAUCCUUCCGGAUAAAACCGGGGCCCAGCCCUGGGGAAGCCACCCUGGAGGCAGGGAAGCCACCCACGAUCACGGUCCUGGGUGCCUGCAGCCUGGGCUGGGCAAAGCUGGCCAUGGUCCUGGGUGCUUGUGGCAGGCCAGAGGGAGGGAAGCCCGGGUCCCAGGUGCCUGCUUCCAGCCAGAGGGAGGGAAGCCCGGGUCCCAGGUGUGGGGGCCAAGGCUGAG